AUGGACGGCUGUAGUGGGAAUGAUGAUGCUGUUCCACCUCCUAUCGACGGCUGGAGUGGGAAUGAUGACGCUGUUCCACCUCCUAUCGACGGCUGGAGUGGGAAUGAUGCUGCUGUACCAUCUCAUAUCGACGGCUGGAGUGGGAAUGAUGAUCCUGUUCCACCUCAUAUCGACGGCUGGAGUGGGAAUGAUGCUGCUGUUCAACCUCCUAUGGACGGCUGGAGUGGGAAUGAUGCUGUUGUUCAACCUCCUAUGGACGGCUGUAGUGGGAAUGAUGAUCCUGUACCACCUCAUAUCGACGGCUGGAGUGGGAAUGAUGCUGCUGUUCCACUUCCUAUCGACGGCUGGAGUGGGAAUGAUGCUGCUGUACCACCUCAUAUCGACGGCUGUAGUGCGAAUGAUGACGCUGUUCAACCUCCCAUCGACGGCUGGAGUAGGAAUGAUGCUGCUGUUCAACCUCCUAUCGACGGCUGGAGUGGGAAUGAUGCUGCUGUUCAACCUCCUAUGGACGGCUGUAGUGGGAAUGAUGACGCUGUUCAACCUCCUAUGGACGGCUGUAGUGGGAAUGAUGAUCCUGUACCACCUCAUAUCGACGGCUGGAGUUUGAACGCAUCGCGAUGUGUGUGCGGCAGUCGACUGGACACCGAUGCGGAAAGAUCCCUACAAGAGAUAGAGCUUCAACCAAGUUCAAAGAUGGCGGUCGGCAGUGCAGACCAACCGAGGAGAAGCGACCAGAACGAUCGGAAGCUGUUGGGAUAA